AAUAGAAGAUGAAAAGCUCUGGUAAAGUUAUUACAAAAGUUCCGUAGAUGUUUAUUAUCAGUGUUGGGGCGGAGGAGAGUAGGGUACACGAGAGCCGCUCCGCUGUUAUAAAAGUUGCCAAGAUGCCUAAGAAGAAGACAGGACAGAGGAAGAAGGCUGAGAAACAAAAGGCCCGCCAGAAGGAGUUGAGAAAGGGCCGAGCCAAUCGGUCUUUAGCUGAUCUUCCUUGUAACUCUAUUAUGGAAUGUGAUAAAUGCCAGAGGCGUCAAAAGAACCGCGCUUUCUGUUACUUUUGUCACUCCGUCCAGCGGCUGCCACAGUGUGCCCACUGCGGUAAGGUGAAGUGUAUGCUCAAGACUGGUGACUGUGUAGUAAAGCACCCGGGCACAUAUACCACUGGCCUGGGUAUGGUGGGAGCCAUCUGUGACUUCUGUGAAGCCUGGUUGUGUCAUGGUCGCAAGUGUCUACAGACUCACCCCUGUUCGUGUCCACUUGUUGAUGCCACCUGCAUAGAGUGUGAACGAGAUGUGUGGAGUCACGGUGGUCGUAUCUUCAGGUGUCACUACUGCCAGAACUUCUUGUGUGACGACGACCAGUUUGAGCACCAAGCAUCUUGCCAAGUGUUAGAGCAGGAAUCCUAUAAGUGUAUGUCUUGCAACCGUCACGGACAGUACUCGUGCUUGCGAUGUAAGACUUGUUACUGUGAGGAACACGUACGCAGGAAAGGUUUCAAAUACGACAACAAGCAGAAGAUCCCGUGUCCCAAGUGUAGUUAUGAUACAGAAGAGACUAAGGAACUCAGCAUGUCAACUCGCACCCACAAGUUUGGAAGGCAACAGAUUGGUUUUGGUGAUUAUGACGAUGAUGAAGAGGGAGCGGUCGGGUAUGAUGGCAGUUACUACGACGAUGAUGAUGAUGAUGACGACGAUGACGACGAUGACGACGAGGAGGGUGAAGACGAUGAAUCUGAAGAGGAAGAAGAAGCGGAAGAAGAGAAGAGCAAAUAAACAGAGAAACGCCGUACUCUAGUCACUUUUUAAGAAAGAGAUUGAACAUCAGUUUUCAGUAAUAAUGUAUAACUUUUGAUAAACAUGAAUGGAAAUAUUUUAAUGAAUUGAAAAUUUUUCCCUUAAAAUUUUA